AUUGUGUGUUGGCAGGGGCUGUGCGAAAGGACGUUUAAGCGGCUGUACCAGUACAUGCUGAAUGCUGGCCUCGCGAAGGUGGUGUCUCUCCCCUUACAAGAGAUUCACCCUGAGUGUGGACCUUGUAAGACAAAGAAAGGGACGGACGUCAUGGUGCGCUGCCUCAGGCUGCUCAAGGAAUUUAAACGGAAGGUCGAGGACGACCACGACCAGGACGACGAUGAGGACGAGGAGGUCAUCUCCAAGGGAGUACCCCCGGUGGACAUCGUGUACGAGCGGGACAUGCUCACGCAGACCUACGAGCUCAUUGAGCGCAGAGGCACGAAAGGAAUUUCCCAAGCUGAAAUCCGAGCGGCUAUGAACGUGGGAAAGCUGGAGGCGAGAAUGCUGUGUCGUCUUCUUCAGAGAUUUAAGGUUGUCAAGGGUUUCAUGGAGGACGAGGGCCGGCAGCGGACCACCAAGUACAUCUCGUGCGUAUUUGCAGAAGAGAGCGAUCUCAGCCGGCAGUACAAGAGAGAGAAGGCCCGGAGCAAGCUGCUGACCACAGUGAGCUUGGCCUCGGUGCAGGAGGAGUCCCUCCUGCCCGAGGUGGAGGACAGCUUCCUCUCCGACUCAGACAGCGAAGAGGAGCGCGGCAGCAGCAGCAAGAGGAAAGGCAGAGUGUCCCAGGGCGACGGGAGAGCCUGCUUCGGCGCCGGUCUCGGGACCCAGCCUCAUCACUCCACCCCAGCGAAGGGUGGCUGGAAAGUAAACCUCCACCCACUGAAGAAGCAGCUGCCCUCCUCCCUAGCGGUGGCCGAGGAGAAGGCCUGCCAGAGCUCUGCGGGCGGGGACAGCCUCCUGGACACCAGCGCCUCUGCGUACCCCGGCGCACCCUUUGGCUCCCACUGCAUGGAGAGUAGCAGUGGCGACAUGACCGUGAUCGAAGAGGUCAGGCUUGAAAACCCGAAGGAGAGUGGCAGUUCCCAAAAGACGGGGAAGCACGGCCCAGGCCAAGACAAACCCCACGAAACCUACCGGCUGCUCAAACGCAGGAACCUGAUCAUAGAAGCCGUCACCAACCUACGCUUAAUCGAGAGCUUGUUCACGAUUCAGAAAAUGAUCAUGGAUCAGGAGAAGCAAGAAGGCGUGUCUACCAAGUGCUGUAAGAAGUCAAUCGUCCGCUUGGUGCGGAACCUGUCCGAGGAAGGUCUCUUGAGACUGUACCGGACUACGGUUAUUCAGGAUGGAAUCAAGAAGAAGGUGGACCUGGUCGUGCACCCGUCCAUGGACCAGAAUGACCCGCUGGUGAGGAGUGCCAUCGAGCAGGUGCGCUUCCGGAUCUCCAACUCCAGCAUGGCAAACAGGGUUAAAGUGGUCCAGCCUCCAGCGCCUCAAGCAGAAGCUGAAGAAGAAAGUCCAGAAAAAGAGGGUCCGAGCGGAUCAGGAGACUCUCAGCUGAAUACUUCCUCCAAAUCAGAAACUGGACGGGUGAAAAAAACGGAUGAGAAAAUGGGCAUCACCCAGCUGAAAAAUUAUCACCCUGUUGUAGUUCCAGGACUUGGCCGUUCUCUAGGAUUUCUGCCCAAAAUGCCUCGCCUGCGGGUGGUACACAUGUUUCUGUGGUACCUGAUCUACGGGCACCCUGCCAGCCAUGUGCGGACAAAGCUGGGCCUUGGCAGUGAAAGAAGAAUGGGAAAGCAGGAGUCAGGCAGGAUGGGAGUCCGGCCCUUCUCCAGAAAUUACAUGGAGACCUCCUCUGAUGCCCUGCCCAAGGACAGCCUAGGGGGAACCUUCCUGGAGACUGAAGUGGAGCCCCCCACGGAGAAAGUGUAUGUGGAUGAAGCCUCAUGGAUGCGCUAUGUCCCUCCCAUCCCUGUCCAUAAGGACUUUGGCUUCGGCUGGGCUCUCGUCAGUGACAUUCUCCUCUGCCUGCCCCUUUCCAUCUUCAUUCAGAUUGUGCAAGUCAGUUAUAAGGUAGACAACCUUGAGGAGUUUCUGAACGACCCUCUGAAGAAGCACACGCUGAUCCGCUUUCUCCCCAGGCCCAUCCGACAGCAGCUUCUGUACAAGAGACGCUACAUUUUCUCUGUGGUGGAGAACCUUCAGAGGCUGUGCCACAUGGGGCUGCUGCAGUUCGGCCCCACAGAAAAGUUUCAGGACAAGGAUCAGGUGUUCAUUUUCUUGAAGAAGAACGCGGUCAUCGUUGACACCACCAUCUGUGACCCACAUUACAACCUGGCCCGCAGCAGCCGGCCCUUCGAGAGGCGUCUUUACGUCCUGAAGUCCAUGCAGGAUGUGGAGAACUACUGGUUUGACCUGCAGUGCGUCUGCCUCAACACCCCUCUAGGUGUGGUGCGCUACCCGCGCAUCAGGAAGAACGGCACCCAGGAUGAGGGCACUGAUGAGGAGGGCAGUCUGCAGAAGGAGCAGGAGAGCGCCAUCGACAAACACAAUCUGGAGCGCAAGUGUGCCCUGAUGGAGUACAGCACGGGGAGCCGUGAGGUCGUGGACGAAGGCUCGAUCCCCGGGGACGGGCUGGGAGCCGCCGGGCUCGAUUCUAGUUUCUACGGGCACCUAAAGCGUAACUGGAUCUGGACCAGCUACAUCAUCAACAAGGCCAAGAAGGAGAACACUGCAUCUGAAAAUGGGCUCAUGGUGAGACUCCAGACGUUUCUGUCCAGGCGCCCGUUGCCACUCAGUGCUGGAGGCAGUGGCAGGUUGAAUAUCUGGGGGGAAGCCAGAGCAGGAUCUGAGCUCUGCACCGACAGGGAAGAGCAGUUCGAGAUGGACCGAGAGCCCACACUGGACCGGAACUGGAGAGUGAGGGGUGGGAAAAGCCAGAAGCGGAAACGGCUGAAGAAAGACCCCGGAAAGAAGAUCAAGAAAAAGAAAAAAGAAGAGUCCCCCAAAGAGAAAAACAGGAGGCUGCGUUACCACGAUGAGGCCGACCAGAGCGCGCUGCAGAGGAUGACCCGUCUGCGCGUCACGUGGUCCAUGCAGGAGGACGGGCUGCUCAUGCUCUGCCGGAUCGCCAGCAACGUCCUCAAUGCCAAGGUAUGUGGCCCCCGGGCCCCCGGGCCCCCAGCCCCUGCCCCUCCCUGGCCUGCCUCCUCGCUUUCCCUCUCCAUCGCCAGCAACGUCCUCAAUGCCAAGGUGAAGGGCCCAUUUGUCCCCUGGCAAGUUGUGCGGGACAUUUUGCACUCCACCUUUGAAGAGUCUCUGGAUAAAACCUCCCAUUCGGUCGGACGAAGAGCUCGCUACAUAGUCCGAAACCCCCAGGCCUAUCUGAACUAUAAGGUUUGCCUGGCCGAGGUGUACCAGGAUAAAGCACUUGUCGGGGACUUCAUGAAUCGAAAGGGCGACUACGAAGACCCAAAGGUUUGUGCCAAUGAGUACAAAGAGUUUGUGGAGAAGCUCAAGGAGAAGUUCAGCUCAGCCCUGAAGAAUCCUAAUCUUGAAACCCCAGACACACUCCAGGAGCUGUUUGCCAGAUACCGAGUUUUGGCGAUUGGAGACGAAAAGGAUCUGACCAGGAAAGAGGAUGAACUUAAUAGCGUGGAUGACAUCCACUUCCUGGUGCUCCAGAACCUGGUCCAGAGCACGCUGGCCCUCUCGGACAGCCAGAUGGAGUCCUGCCGGUCGUUUCAGACUUUCCGCCUGUACCGGGAGUACAAGGACCAUAUUCUGGUGAAGGCCUUCAUGGAGUGCCAGAAAAGGAGCUUGGUCAACCGGCGCCGCGUCAACCACAUGCUCGGCCCGAAGAAAAACCGGGCUCUGCCCUUCGUGCCCAUGUCCUACCAGUUGUCCCAGACCUACUACAGGAUUUUUACUUGGCGAUUUCCAAGCACCGUCUGCACAGAAUCGUUCCAGUUCUUCAAGAAAAUCCUGGCUGCCGGCAAGUUGGACCAGCCUGAUAAUUUUUCCUUCAAAGACCAGGAUAAUAAUGAGCCUGCACGUGACAUGGUGGCAUUUUCUCUGGACGGCCCCGGAGGACACUGUGUGGCCGCCCUGACCCUCUUCUCUCUGGGCCUCGUUUCCGUGGACGUCCGGAUCCCGGAGCAGAUCGUGGUGGUGGACAGCUCCAUGGUGGAGAACGAGGUCAUUAAGAGCCUGGGGAAGGACGGGGGCUUGGACGAGGAUGACGACGAAGAGGAAGACCUGGACGAGGGCUCUGGGGGCAAGCACCGGGCCAUCGAGGUGAAAGCCCGCCAGGCCUCCCACACCAACUACCUGCUGAUGCGGGGCUACUGCGCGCCCGGCAUCGUCAGCACCCGCAACCUGAACCCCAACGACAGCAUCGUGGUGAACUCCUGUCUGGUGAAGUUCCGGCUCCGCCGCACCCCGGCGCCCACCCGGCUCUGGCCCAUCGUCACGUCUCUGGAAGAGCUCCCCGUGGGAAUAUCCUGCCUCCCCGACACGUUCACCAGGCUGAUCAACAGCCAGGAGGGCCCCUGCAGCUUGGAUGAGUUUGUCCACCAGGUGGAGCUGUCCGGGUAUGAACCUGGAGACGUGUGCGCGGCCCUGGAGGUCCAGGGGGCCAUUGCAGCCACGGGGUGCUUCGGGGUAGACCGAGUGGAGCUGAGCAGGUGGUUCUCCGCCUUCGAGGGGACAGAUGGCGAGCGCACCAGGACCUUCGCAGACUACGUCCAGGACCUCUUGGAGUACCACCAGGUGGUGGAGGUCGGCGGCAACACUGUUCGCCUGGUGGCCAUGGCCUCUGCCCAGCCCUGGCUCCUGCACUCGGUGCGGCUGAAAGGCAAAAAGGAGGAUGCGGACGCUCAAAGAGAAGACCACCGGAGCCCCCGGAGCGCCAAGAGGCGUGCCAGCUGGACGAGCAGCGAUGUGGCCCGUGAGGGUGGGGACACCGACCUGGAGAGUCCCCAGAAGCCCCCCGCCAAGAGGCCCGCGCUCCAGGAUGUGCGCUUGGCCCUGAGCCCCAGGCCCAGAGCGGAAGAGGAGCCGGAAGCCCUGGCGCCUGCUCCGCCAGCAGCUCCCGGAGACGCGGGCGUGAAGGAGCCUGCCCCGGGGGCGCUGGAGGCCGGGCAAGAGUUCCAAGAGAAUCUGAGGGCAGCCAGCCCUCUAGGCCAGGAGCCGCUGAGCUGUCAGGCCCAGCUUCCAGAGGGAUCUGAAGACCCCAGAGGUUCGGCAGAGAGUUCUGUGGCCGGCAGCCUGUCCCAGGCAGCAAGGGAAAAGGACUGCGAGGGCAUCUCGUUCGUCGCCCGCCCGUGGCGCAUCGUGGACGGCCACCUGAACGUGCCGGUGUGCAAGGGCAUGAUGGAGGCCGUCCUCUACCACAUCAUGACCAGGCCCGGCAUUCCCGAGACCUGCCUGCUGCAGCACUACCAGGGCGUCCUGCAGCCCGUCGCCGUGCUCGAGCUGCUCCAGGGCCUGGAGUCCCUCGGCUGCAUUAAGAAGUGCUUGCUGAGAAAGCCCGCGGCCGUCUCUCUCUUCUCCAAGCCCCGGCUCCAGGAGGCCCAGGCGCCCUCCAGCCUGAGCGACAGCCCCACGGUGUUCUACGAACCCACGCUGGACUGCACCCUGCGACUGGGCCGCGUGUUCCCCCACGAGGUCAACUGGAACAAGUGGAUCCACUUAUGAGGGCAUCUCGGCCCUUGCUGCCCGCACAGACACUGCCCUCGACGCUGCAGCCUGCCUCCUCUGGGGAGGCCGGGUUGUGGAGAGUUUGAGCAGCCCUCGUGGGCCUGGACUCCGAGGCCUUCCGAGUUGUGGCCGCCGUUGGGGAACAGAGCCGCCUGCCCGGGCCCCUGAAUCUUCGGUGUGGACCUCAGCCUCAUUGUCCUUUGGCCAGUGAGAGAUCGGGAGCCCACGUCGCUCAUGCCUCCAAUGCAGAUUACAGCCACCGUGGCAGAAAGCCCGAGUGCCCCUGAGUGGCAGGGCCCCAGCGGGGACUUCCUCCGCUCCA